AUGGAGAUACUUUGUUUUUGUCUAGAUUUGGUAGAACAACAAUUAUGUCUUGUUUCUGAAUUAUCUGGAUUUCUGGAAACCCGUGAAAGUUGCUACAAAGUUAUAUUAAAUUCUUGGGACGUCAUUGACAAAAUUGCUUCUCAGCCAAAUGGUCUUUCCAUUUUGAGCAAUAAAUUCAACAUAUGCUAUCCAUUAGAGCAUAGCCAUGAAUUGAAAGACUAUUUGCGGUUACUUUAUAACUCUGCAGCUCAGUACAGUUUUCCUCUAGUUAUGGAUAUCUGUAAGGCCAUUGAUGGAGCUGCCUUUGGAAGUGAUGCCCUCAGUAGGAUAUACGGAGCUGCUGUUGUUUACGAAGGAAACAACACAUGUAAAGUUAAUCCAAAAGAAUAUGAUGUAAAGCCAUUUUACGGUUGGCAUUGGCAGAUUUGCAGUGAAAUUGUGAUGCUCAUUGGUAUUGGGAAUUCUUCCAUGUUUCAACCCAAACCAUUCAACUUCGAGAGCUAUGUUAAAAAGUGUAUGAAAGAUUUUGAUGUCAUACAUGUCAAGUAUUGUGGAGGUCAUAAUAUAAAGCUAGUUCUUCAAAAGUUUGGAAGCAAUAUUAUAUUUUCAAAUGGACUAAGAGAUCCUUACGGUAGUGGCGGGUGUUUGAAUGACAUAUCUGACAGUCUUGUUGAACUUCUUAUGGUUAAUGGAACCCAUUGUAUGGAUAUUCUUGCUGCCGAUGAAGACGAUCCCAGCUGGUUGGUUGAGCAAAGGAAGAAAGAAGUGAUGAUUAUCCACAGGUGGAUUAGAGAAUACUACGAUGAACUUGAUGCAAAUGGGAUAUGA